CAAUCUUUUAGCGCCCUUCGAGUCUCCAAUGUUAUUCACCUUCGGAAAGUCUGGAUGAAAAGUGAUAAGCACGAUGCCGCCGAGUAAUGACAGACCCUACAAGCGGGCACAUAUAGCUUGCAAAGCCUGCAAUACUCGCAAGGUCAGGUGCACUGUCACAUUGUCUGGUCCCCCAUGUGCCAACUGCGCGGUGGACAACAUUACCUGCGAGAUGAAGAGCCGCAAGCGGCGACGGCAAGAUUACUACAUUUCCAGAUUAGACGGUAUAGAUAGCUGAUUAGUAUAGGAACACGGAUAUCCUGCCUGCCAUGUCUGAUCCAGGAACGCAAGACAAUCCGAUGUCCUUGGGACAAACUCCUCCAACAACACAACUCGGCACUUCACAGAGCGAGAGCCCCCACUGGGAUACUUCUGGUCUAGCGAAAGACUGUGAACCAUCUCGUCGGGGCUCGAUGACUGAUAGGCACGGCCAUUUAUCCCCGGGUCACUCCCAGCAGGUCCACAAUGCUUCACCUGCUACUUCUAGCCGAGACACCAUUUUUGUUGGACACAACACCGAUGAGAGCGAAGCAGCUGUAGCAGUCGACGCACAAGUCGAUGGACCAAGACAGACCGAGCACCCCAAUGCAGUUGAGUCACCCCCGAUUGCAAAUGCCACAUCAGCAUGGGCCGAGACUCUUGAAGAGCAUGAGAGUGAUGGCAAUCGAGUGCCUUUCUACCCAGGUGACAGAAGAGGACCGGCUUUCGUAAUAGAUAUUUGCAAGCCCCAAAGAUUAACUGACAGCAAUCAUUCUUUUGUGGCUAUGCCUUCGUUAGAGUCCCUCCAACCAGAGGAAAUUGAGUAUCUUCGGUGGAAAGGCUGCUUUUCUUUGCCCCCCCACCCACUAAAAGAAGCUCUUAUCAAAGCGUAUUUCCAUCAUGCUCAUUCUUUUGAGCCGGUCUUGGAUCCUCAGGACUUUUUUGAUGCGUAUAGUAAAGGUCAACUCAGUUUGCUACUUCUCUGGGCAGUCUUCAUGUGCGCUGCAACUUUUGUUGAAGAUAGUCUGUUUUACGCAGAAUUUUUCGAUCCACUUGCUUUCAAACGAAAAGCCUUCCAGAGAGCAAAGACACUGUAUGAUGCAGAUUAUGAGAAAAACAAAGUUACGUUGAUCCAGUCCGUAUUUCUCAUGGGACACUUCUACGCCGACGCUGAAGAUCGCUUGGGCCCUUGGCACUGGAACGGCAUCGCUAUUAGCCUGUCUCACACUAUCGGUCUUCACAUGCUGACAUCUCCCGCACGAAACGGCAUUCGGCCUUUGUGGCGCCGUAUCUGGUGGUGUAUUUACUACCGCGAGGUAUGGCUGUCAAUGGGCCAAGGUCGACCAAUGCGGAUAUCUCUGGAUCAUUGCUCAACUCCGAUGCCAGGAUUAUACGAUACGAGCCCCAGCUGUUCGCCAGAGUACCAACACUACAUACCCGAGCAGCUCGGUGCCCUCCUUGGGAUAUGGCUAAAGUUGAUUGGGGUGACACGCAUCAUGGGGAGAAUACUGUCAACUAACUAUACCAUCAAGGGAGCAAGGCCUUCCAGAGCCAUCAUUGAAAGAGACGAAAAUGAGAUUCGAGCCAACUGGAUUCAUGAUGGGAACAAUGACCAGAGUCCAGUGCUAGCUUCUCAUUUAUAUCAAUGUCGACUUCACACUCAGGCAGCUAUCAUAGCUCUUUACAGGCCAUUUCUCCACGAAACACCGGACGGAGUUCCAGAUAAUGAGCAAGACUAUUGGAAAACAUUUGUGAAUAGCAAGCUUCGGACUGCAGCCGCUCACGCAACUCAUGCCAUCAAUUGUAUGAUGGCAGAAGAUCUGAUCAAAUUUUCCCAAACGAUUGCCGUGCUCACCAUUGGCCCACCAAUCCAAGUCCAUCUGCUAGAAAUGGCAUCAUCCAAGUCGUCGUCAGGCAAACUGGCAAAGCACAACUUGGCGCUGUGCUUGCUGGCUCUGGAUGAGAUGCGAAAGUCUUACGUCUCGGCAGACGCAGCGUAUAAGCUAUUCGACCGCGCCAGGAUCAUGGUUGAGAAGUCGCUUGGAGAAGAUGAAGUGGUUUCGCGAGACCCUGCAGAUGCAGGUACCAGUUCAACAGAAGCUCAAGGGAUUGAGACUUUGCAAUGGCUUGAUGACUCUGCGUCUGCGGGCCAUGAAUUCGCACCGGUAGGCUUAUUUUCUGCCCUUUGGAUGCCAUUUGCAAAUCUCAUACCCGAGGAGUGUUCGGAAAGUUCAUUCUAGGCGAAGGUUAUAGUUCUAGUGGCCCUAAUUGCACUUGGUGAUAGUAACUUUGUCGUUAACUUGGAAGAAAGUACCUGUGUUAAGAAAAUACUACGUAAAGAAGUAGGUGCUGAUAUUAUUAGCUCAGAGGACUUAAUUUCACAUAUGAAUCUACUAUGUCGCUACAGAUUCCCUGCUUUGGG